CAAAUUUCUAACAAAAAUUAUCAAACUUGUAAGUAUAACUGCUAGCAUAUAUAGGUGAACGUGUUGAUGAAUUUUAUUUUUGUUUGUCUUGAAAUAUAAGAGAUGUUGCUGAAUCAACCUGACAGUUAAUCAAUAUGAGGUGCGCUACUGUGGUUUUCAUUCUUUUCGGACUGUUACAGGUCUCAUUUUCAGAGUCCAGUUCAGAGGAAGACUCGUCAUAUACCGAAGAAGAUGAUAGUGAUUACCACGAGGUCGAAAGCGACUUAAAACAUUCCGGAAUUUCCCAUGAAAGUUUACAUCUUAAUGGAUUCCGAAAUGGCUCAAUGCUGCAAACAAAUGAUCCACAACUUUGGUCUUCAAACUCUCAACUAACUGAUAGAGCCACUUUGGAAGGAGCAAGUGGCCUCAGGGGACACUCCGGUUCUCAAAAAAUCGGCCAACAAGGACUCAACAACCAAAAUUAUUCGAGAGCUCAACCUCAAAACAAUCAUGAAAAAAAACAUAAGAUCAUUCAUCAUGGUUCCAAACAUCAAGAAUUCAAACCCAUCUAUGUACAUUUCUGAAAGUAAUAGACGAGAAUGAAAUUUGUUUUCUUGCUUUAUGUAAUCUUUAAAACCUUAUCCCUUC